AUGGCAGGUCGCAAGCCAGUCUCAACUCCUAUGGUUACAAAGUUAGCACCACCAGCCAAUGAUAAGCCAUUCAAGGAUCUGCAACUUUAUCGUAGUAUUGUGAGAGGAUUGCGAUACCAUACUUUCACAUCCCCUAAUAUAUCUUAUAGUGUGAAUUAUGCUUGUCAAUACAAGCAUCGUCCUACUAACUUUCAUUACCAACUUGUUAGACGAAUACUUCGCUAUGUCGCUGGAAAAACUACUCUUGCUAUUAAAUUACACUCUAACAAUCCAUUGGUGUUAAAUGCAUUUUCAGAUGUAGAUUGGAUAGGUUGCUAUCUCACUCGACGAUUCAUCACGGGAUUCAGAACCUUGUAA